GGCUUCGGCAUCCGCUCCCUGUCGGCGGGAGGGAGAGGCUGCGGCGGCGCCGCCAUGAGGUAGGCAGGAGCCCCUGUAGCCGAGUGAGGCAGCAUGGCAAUGUUCUUGGGGGCCAGGAAUGCCCACUCGGUCCUGAAGCGCUUUCCCCGAGCCAACGGCUUCCUGGAGGAGAUCCGUCAGGGCACCAUCGAGCGGGAGUGCAUUGAGGAGGUCUGCAGCUAUGAGGAGGUCAAGGAAGUGUUCGAGAACAAGGAGAAGACGAUGGAGUUUUGGAAGGGCUACACCAACUAUGUCUACUCUGUCAAGGACCCAGGGCACAAUACGGAGCGCUCAGAAGCCAUGUAUGUGGUGGUGCCCCUCUUGGGAGUGGCUCUUCUGAUCGUCAUCGCCCUCUUCAUCAUCUGGAGAUGCCAGCUCCAGAAGGCCACCCGCCACCGCCCUUCCUACGCCCAGAGCCGUUACCUGGCCAGCCGGACGGGACGCAGCCUCCCCAGGGUCAUGGUGUACCGGGAGCGAUCCCAGAGCCAAGGGGAAACGCAGUAUCAGCGAGAGGCCAGCAACAGGGCGGCUGGAGAUGGCAGAGCUGGGGGCACCCCUCAGCAAGACAGCAGCCUCUGCCCACCAGAGCAUUCGGUCUCUGUCCUCUCCAGACUGUCCAGUGCCACCCCUCCACCUUCCUAUGAGGAGGUGACAGGCAACCCAGAGAGCAGCAGUGGGGAAGAGACCAGCGUCUCCUACAAUGACCCACCACCCAAGUAUGAAGAGAUCGUGGCCAGUGCCCCUGCUGCGGGCAAAUAGAGGGGUCUGCCUAUCCCCUGCCUCUUCACGUACUCACACUCACCCACCCACCUUCCCUUGGCCGGGCCUGGGGCCCCUGUCCAGGUGCCACUUGGCACUCCAUCUCACCUGUACAAGCUGGUGAAAUCCCAAUAGCCUUAGCCUCCUAACCAUAAGUAGUAGUCCACAAGUGGUGAGGCUGGGCUGCGGGGAUGGCUCCGGAACCAGCCACCUCCUGCGCUUCACUCCCCACUCACGUAAGUGCUGUAGCAGCCAGAGCAGAGCAGCAGCUCGUUCCUGGCUCAAUGCAGGGGUCUCCCUAUGGUGCAUUUGAUUUCCUCACUCCCCUCCCUCAAAUAGACAUAACAUUUUUGAUUGAUACAUGA